CCGCUUCCAAGUCCUCCCAGCUUGAAAGACUCCACUAGCACUUUUGCCGGCCAUGGCCUUCGCCGGCAGCAGCGACGGCCAGAGCGGCUCCGCGAGGGCGCACUUCGUGCUGGUGCCGAUGAUGGCUCAGGGCCAUACAAUCCCCAUGACCGACAUGGCACGCCUGCUGGCAGAGCAUGGCGCGCAGGUCAGCUUCAUCACCACGCCGGUCAACGCCGCUAGGUUGGAAGGCUUCGCCGCUGAGGUGGAGGCGGCGGGCCUGGCGGUUCAGCUCGUGGAGCUCCACUUCCCGAGUGUAGAGUUCGGCCUACCAGAUGGGUGCGAGAACCUCGACGAUCAAGGGCGGAAGAACUGAUAAUAGAGCGUUAGAGCAGAGUUGGACGACCGGUUUUGCCAAAUUAUGGGCCCUAGAACUCCUCUUGGUGCCGCCAUUUGCCACGGCUGUGCAUAGCUAGAGCAAAGGGUGGAAGGAGAAACGACUUGGCACACACGCACUAGUCGGAUGCUUUGCCGCCACUGGCGUCCAUCCCACUACAAGAAAAAGUCAUUCGUAGCCGAGUGCUUAUACUAACGUCGAAUGUUAUUUGUCAGAUACUCUUUUAUAGACACCUAAACCGAGUACCCUCGAAAAAGGGGUCCAGCGCGAGGUUGAGGACAAGUAUUUCUAAACUUAAUGCAUCGUUGUUUCCUCUCGUCCCUUGCGGCUAGAAUCCUAGCCGCCGCUAGGGGAGGCCGAUCUUCCAACACCGUUCUUCGGCGGCUCCCCUUCGCCAGCGUCCUAGGU